AGCGCGAGGGCCUAUCCUCCUUUAUCCAUAUCCCUCCCCGAGUCAAUAUACGGCGCCGCAUCCCUGGACGAUCUUUGUGUAUUCAUAGACCCCGUUGACGGUACAAGGGAGUUUGUAGAGGGACGGUUAUAUGCGUGUCAGACUCUCAUCGGCAUCUCUUGGCGCGGACGGCCUGUGUGUGGUGUAGUGGGACUACCGUUCCACGAUGGUGCCGUGGGAGUGUUUGUGGGGGGAGCGCGGGAGUUUACGUUAACGGAUACGCAG